AUGAAUCCCCAGGAGGAGCAGCCCGAAGCCGACGGGGCACCGGCUGCCACCCAGGACGAUGGGAUGACCUGGUGGUAUAAAUGGCUGUGCAGGCUGGCUGGCAUCUUAGGAGCCAUCUCUUGUGCUUUUUCCGGUCUCUGGAUGUGCCUGACUAUCUACCCUCUCAACAUAGUGGCCGGAAUCUGGAUGAUGUUGAACGCCUUCAUUCUCAUUUUAUGUGAAGCUCCCUUCUGUUGUCAGUUCAUCGAAUUUGCAAAUGUUGUCUCGGCCAGAGUAGACAAGCUUCGUCCGUGGCAGAAGGCAGUUUUCUAUUGUGGGAUGGCUGUAUUCCCGGUUAUUCUAAGCCUGACUUUGACCACCUUGUUCGGCAACGCCAUCGCCUUUGCCACGGGCGUGCUUUAUGGGCUGUCUGCACUGGGUAAAAAGGGAGAUGCCAUUGCGUACGCCAGGAUGCAACAAAUUCAACAAAAGCCAGCCGGCGGCGAUGGGACGACGGAAAACGUGCAGGCCCAGUUGGUGUGA